AUGGUCCAGCGAGUACUUGGGGACAGGGGUCCCUGCAGACCAGUUGUGGCACUUUCGAAGACGAACAUCGACUCAUUCAAUGAUGCUGCAAAUCGGACUUCACGCCUCCCAGUCACAGAAGGUUCUUCGAAUGCGUUGUCAACGCUUCCCCUACAGGCUCUAAUAGAUCACUGCAACAUCCACGCCUGUGAGAUAACGUUCCGUCUCGACUCCGGCAAGGUGUUUCAGGCCACCACAACGCGCCCGGAACCCCAAGAAGUUCACGAUGAGGAGCUCCUGACACGCCAAGUUUCUCGCUCAUCCGUGUAUACAGUUGAAGGUCAGCAUUUCCGUAUCCUCACACGGUCUGUGGUGAAUGAUUUUGAUCAGGAAGAAACUGCUUCCGGAAGCGGACAGGCUCGCAGCCUGCCAAUUGCAGAUCGUCGUAGUCAGACCACGAAGAGGAAGAGGAAAGGCUCCAGCUCCCAUACUCCUGCUUCACGCAUAAAGCGGAGACCUGCUGAAAACCGCCGAGCCGCAAUUAAAUCAGGUUGCAACUCCGACUCCGUGGACGAGAACGAGAACGAUGACGAGGACGCGGACGAGGACGCGGACAACGCCGAGGACGACUCCGACUCCGACUCCGAGGACGAAAUCGAUGAGUUGGAAGGUGCCGAAACGGAAAUGGAACAGUUCAGGAUAGACGAGGUAUUCCUUCGCUAUUACGAACCUGCCUUCCGGUCGAUCAACCAGCUUGUCUGCAAGGACAUUUCGAAGUUGUGGAUCCGCUUUUGUCAUCCAGGAAAGCAGACUACCCACCCUUAUAAUGGUGGGAAGUCUACCAGUGAGAAGUCUACCAGUGAGAAGUCACAGGCAGAGCAUGGAUACUUAGGGCACUUCACCAAACCAGAUUACUGGCCCUCCGAUGAAGGUUGGAAAGCGUUUACAGCGUCACCGCGUCGGCAAACAGAGCCAGCGUGUCGGCACAUAGAGCCAGAUCACGAGAAGAAAGCUGGUCAGUCUACUUAUGAGCUUGCCCCGAUGUUGGAGCUAAUUUCCCAUCCAGAAAGGCUUUUACUACUUGUCCACCUUCUCCGAAGUCAAAAUAAAGGUUUCAAGGAUGGCGUUUUCACUCUUGACAAGAUGGCGAAAAGCACCAAGGGUAUUCAUCUGGAGUAUCCAGGGCGCUGGACCACGCAAUGUGUCGAACGCCUUAAGGAAAUAUAUCGAGUGAGGGCUAUGGAGAUGAAAUAUGAGGCGGGUGAAAUUGAUGGAAGUACUCUGGUGUCUGUCCGGAUGCUCAGAACCCGAUGUAAAAUUCGCAAGGUACCAAAGUCAGCCGUCAAGGCCUCAAGACUACCCCGCGAGCAGAUCAAAAAAGAGCCUCAGCCAGAGGUGAUGAGCUCUACAGCAUGUCAUGCGCCUGUUGCAAAAAUGGGCAUCAAUGUGCAAAUCGAGGAUGAAGACCUGACAUCUUCGUCGUCUGAAAGGGUUGCUCCACAGGCGAGUUCCCCUAAACCUAGGUUGUGCAAAGCUCGCACAAUUCAGCAUGGGCUGCCUUUCUAUGACUCGCCAUCGCCAAAACAAAAACGCCACAACUCGGCCCAGGAAAACUGGAGUACGCAACCAGCAAACCUAACGCAAGACCCUACCGUCUUUACGCACCCAAACUUUUUUGGCUCCUGGAUGCAGAGCUUCCCCAGCCAAGAAUUCGUACGCCGCCAGUACGAUCAUGAAGCGACUGCCUCUCAGGUAGUCGCAAAUCCAAUGCGUCCGAACGGAGCAUUUAACCGCAGCCCUCCAGCCGGGCCCGUCGCAACAAGGGUGGAACACGCCCGUCACCCAGCGUUUGCCGGGUCUUCAUCAGGCCUGGUCGGAGCUUUCCCCAGAGACACCGACUACUCGAGCUGGCAGACUGACGACCCCUGGAACGCUCAAGCGGAAUCUUCAAUGUAUUCGGCCGUCCCUGGUCCCAGCACCUCUCUUCUGCCAUGUACGAAUGGCUCCUUUAGCAAUGGCUAUAGCGGCGCAAAUUUCUCCAGCGGCCUGCCAUUGGACAUCUGGAAUGAUGGGAACCAGACUGGAAUGCCACCGUACCAUCAAGGCGUUGACGAGGACGUACAACACUGCCUCAACCUACAGGCAGUCGGUAUGCCAUGGUACGAGCCCUUGAGUUUGAACACACCAUCCAGUGGUAAUCCAGCUCUGGCAAACCAAGUCUUGCCCACUGGUUUCCGCCCCCAUACCUCGUUGGACGCCGAGCACAAGUUUGAGCCGGUCUUCCAGGAUCAACAACAGCUCUGA